UUCUGAAUGGGAUUGGUGAAACCUACGUCAGUGCUUACCAAAUCCCGAACCCCGAGAAUGUUUACUUUGGUGGACCUCACACACACUUAAUCACUCUCUCUCUCACACCUCCCCCACCUAAACAAACAAAACAUGCGUCAACGUCGUUUUGCACAAGCUCCGACCACCGACGACGAUCCGCCGUCGCCGACCGGAACCAGGUCCGGCGGAGCUCCGAACCCGAACCGACGGAAACGCAGGCUCGUGCGCUUGCCAGAAGAGGAGGAGGAUGAUGAUGAGGAGGAGGAACAGGAGGAGGGAGCUAAGUUGACCGAGCAGAAGAAGAGGAGGAGGAAGAACGAAGAGGCGGAGACGAUGCCGCCGGCGGAGAACGUGGAGCCGCAGCCGAUGGGCGCGGUGGUUAGGGUUUCUGGGAAAGGAAAGGGUAGGAGGACGCAUUACGAGUCGUUCGAGUACAACGGUCACCUGUACAGCCUCGAGGAUCCGGCUCUUUUCCAUACCGAGAACCAGAACCAAAAGCCUUAUGUGGCCAUAAUUAAGGUAAAAACACUCUUCCUUUCGCCUGAGUUCGUGUUUGUUGAGCACAAACAAAGUUGUGUGACAAAGCCAUUAGUGUGCCAGGACAUUGCUCAAACGUGGCAAGGGGGACUUAUGAUAACCGGACAGUGGUUUUACCGUCCAGAAGAGGCCAAGAAAAAGGGAGGUGGGUGCUGGGACCCACGCGACACGAGGGAGCUGUUUUACAGCUUCCACAGGGACGAGGUGCCAGCAGAGUCCAUAUUCCACAAGUGCGUGGUCCACUUCAUUCCCCUCAACAAGCGGGUCCCACACCGCCAGCAGCACCCGGGCUUCAUCGUGCAGCAGGUUUACGACACUGAACAGAGGAUGCUCUUCAAGCUGACGGACAAAGACUAUGAGGAGGACAAGCAGCACGAGAUCGACCUUCUCGUCAAGAAGACCCUUGCUCGGCUCGGAACCCUUCAGGACCGGUUUCCCGAGCCUGAGGGCACAGACCCGGAAGACCGGCUAAAGAAUAGGAGACUUGUUUCUUGUCUAGGGAGAAGGAAUGUGGUGAGCCCUCGGGAUGUUUCGAGGGAGAAUUUCGAAGGACUUACCAGAUCUCAAUCGCUUAAGAUGGAAACUACGGAGUAUUAUGGCAUUCUUUCGGAUUUUAAGCUGCUGACUGGGGAGGCGCAGCGUGACAGAUGGCUAGAGAAGCUUCUCCAAUCUGUUCGGUUCUUGUGCGCAGCUGCUGGUUCAGGUGGCAAAAAGUGUGGCGGGUCGGAUAGUGAAUCUCAUGGUAAGAAUUUGGAGGAUGGUGGAUCAUUUGAUUGGCCAGGUGGAGCUAUUUCUCCCAUUGUUGCUCUUGAGAAAGCUGCGAACGAUGCACUUUCUGCUGAUUUUCAGAAGUAUAACCAAAAGAUGCGGCAGUUAACAUUCAAUCUUAAGGGCAAUGCCGCAUUGACACGACGUCUUCUGAAUAAGGAUCUUGUACCUGAUCAGAUACUGAAUAUGUCGCCAAAUGAGCUAAAGGAAGGCUUAACUGCAGAAGAAAUAGCAAGCCGGGAGCCAGAGGAGUCGGGCCGCUUGCAGAUGACUGAUGCUCGAUGUACAAGAUGCACAGAGAAACAAGUGGGUUUGAUAGAUAUUAUUCAGACUGGACUUGGAGACCGCUAUCAGUUGGAGUGCGUGGCCUGUGGCAACACUUGGUAUGCUUCAAGAGAUGACGCGGCCACAUUAACCAUAGAGAGACCUGGCUCGUCUAGAACUGCAGGCACUGCACCAUUAGCUACUGCCAAGUUUGGGGUCGUGGAGAAGGGCUUGGUGAGCCCAAGUCGAGAUGAGAGAAAAACAACAGAUGCAUCAUUACUCAGACAAAAAUCGUUUAGAAAAGUUCAAACCGAUGAAAAACCUGCAGACACAAAGACAAUAGAUGCAUCACUACUCAGACAAAAAUUGUUUAGAAAAGUUCAAACCAAUGAAAAACCUGCAGACACAAUCUGAUAUGUUUUGAGGUUUGCCUAACCUUGGCCUCUUUGUUUUUGUAAGUAGAAGGUUUAGGAAGAAAGACGAUUGAUGAGUCGAAUGAUGGAACUAGACGAGUGAUCGUAUGUAUGUUUAGUUUACAAAACAAGGAUUGUUACCGAAUAAUGAAAUUGUUGUUGUGGAGAAAGUAUGAUAAUACUUAGUUGUCUGAAGCUUUUAUGGGGAGAGAUAUGGCAGUAGUUAGAGCUCUAACUGUUUGCUAAUUAUUUGGUAAUGUAAUACUCCCUCCGAUUUGCAAUAUAUGUCGUUUGAGUGUGUCUUUGUUUUUGCUUAUUAA